GAUCAGAGAAUUUCAGACAUGCACACUCUGGUAGGGAAUCGCGUGAACAGAACCGGGACGGGGAGGCCAGCGGGAGGUUCCUGCAGAGGGAGCAUCCAGGCCCGGUGCUGCCGUCGCUGGGAGCUGGCAGGGUCACCCAGCAUGCCCACUGGCAGGAGCGAGAGGACUGGCCCGCUUGCUCCCAUCAGCUUCUGAAGGUGACACUGAACCGCAGGUGACCUGUCACCACCAAAACAGGUGCCUGUGUUUGUCAGAUAAGUACAUCCAGGCCUGCCACCCCUUCAGCUCCAAAGUCCAGAGGUGCAGAGAGCUGGCACCAAGAGGCGGGCAGCUCACCAGGACGGACACAUCGCCAGAGAUGUGGUGCGUUGUCCUGUUUUCUCUUUUGGCAUCAGUUUGUGCCGAGCCUACCAUGUAUGGGGAGAUCCUGUCCCCUAACUAUCCCCAGGCAUACCCCAACGAGGUAGAGAAAUCUUGGAAUAUAGAAGUUCCCGAAGGGUACGGGAUUCACCUCUACUUCACCCACGUGGACAUCGAGCUGUCAGAGAACUGCGCAUAUGACUCGGUGCAGAUAACGUCAGGAGGCGUUGAAGAAGGGAGACUCUGUGGACAGAGGACCAGCAAGAAUCCCAACUCCCCCAUUGUGGAAGAAUUCCAAGUACCAUACAAUCAACUCCAGGUGACCUUUAAGUCAGACUUUUCCAAUGAAGAGCGUUUUACUGGGUUUGCUGCAUACUACGCUGCCAUAGAUGUAAAUGAGUGCACAGAUUUUGCUGACGCCCCCUGUAGCCACUUCUGUAACAACUUCAUUGGUGGUUACUUCUGCUCCUGCCCUCCGGAAUACUUCCUCCAUGCCGACAUGAGGAAUUGCGGAGUCAAUUGUAGUGGGGACGUAUUCACGGCACUGAUUGGGGAGAUCGCAAGUCCCAAUUAUCCCAAUGAAUACCCAGAGAACUCACGGUGCGAAUACCAGGUCCUGCUGGAGGAGGGGUUCCAAAUAGUGGUGACUGUGCAGAGAGAUUUUGACGUGGAGCCGGCCGAUUCAGACGGAAACUGCCCUGACAGUUUAGUUUUUGUUGCAGGAGAUCAGCAAUUUGGUCCUUACUGUGGUAACGGAUUCCCUGGGCCACCAAACAUUGAAACCGGGAGUAAUGUUCUUGUUAUCAUAUUCCAAACCGACCUAACAGGGCAAGGAAAAGGCUGGAAACUUCGUUACCAUGGAGAACCAAUCCCCUGUCCUAAAGAAGACACUGCCAAUUCUGUUUGGGAGCCUGAGAAGGCAAAAUAUGUGUUUAAAGAUGUGGUGAAGAUAAGCUGCCUGGAAGGGUCUGAGGUUGUGGAGGGAAGCGUUGGCUCAACGUCUUUCUAUUCUACUUGUCAAAGCAAUGGAAAGUGGAGUAAUUCUGAACUGAAGUGUCAACCUGUGGACUGUGGCACUCCUGAACCCAUUCAGCACGGUAAAGCCGAAGAUCCAGAAAGUACUUUGUUUGGUUCUGUCACUCGCUACACUUGCGAGGAGCCGUAUUACUACAUGGAAAAUGAAGGCAGUGGGGAGUAUCGCUGCGCCGGUAACGGGAGCUGGGUGAAUGAGGUGCUGGGCGCGGAGCUGCCGAAAUGUGUUCCAGUCUGCGGAGUCCCCAGCGAGCCCUUUAAAGAAAAACAGAGGAUCUUUGGAGGAUCUGAUGCCAAGAUUCAAAGUUUCCCCUGGCAAGUCUUCUUUAAGAACCCGUGGGCUGGCGGGGCUCUUAUUGGCGAGCACUGGGUGCUGACGGCUGCCCACGUCGUGGAGGGAAACCAGCAGCCGCUCAUGUAUGCCGGGUCCACCUUAGUGCGGACCUCGCAUCUGGACGAUGCCCAGAUGCUCGUUGCUGAACGUGUGUUUAUUCAUCCGGGCUGGGAGCCGCUCGAUGACGUAGACAAACGGAAGAAUUUUGAUAAUGACAUUGCACUGGUGCAGCUGAAAGACCCGGUGGAAAUGGGACCCACUGUCUCCCCCAUCUGCCUACCGGGCACCUCCUCCGAAUAUAACCCUUCAGUCGGAGACCUGGGGAUGAUCUCAGGUUGGGGCCGAACGGAGAAAAGAGAUCGUGCUAUCCAUCUCAAAGGGGCAAAGUUACCGAUAGUUCCUUUAUCAAAUUGCCAACAGGUGAAAAAGAAAAAAUCCAAUGUGGAUGUAGAGUCCUACAUUUUCACUGAUAACAUGAUCUGUGCUGGUGGAGAGAAGGGCGUUGAUAGCUGUAAAGGGGACAGUGGUGGGGCCUUCGUUCUACAGGACCCCAAUGAGAAGAAUCCCAAAUUCUAUGUAGCUGGCCUGGUGUCCUGGGGACCCGAGUGUGGGACCUAUGGGCUCUACACACGGGUAAAGAACUAUGUUGACUGGAUAAUGAAGACUAUGCAGGAAAAUAGCCCCGGUAAGGACUAAGCCAUACACAUGCCACCAGCCUCGCCAAGGGGCACGACCAAUCCAUUGCUCUCAGUUCCUCUCAAUCGUCCUAUUAUUUCACUAUGACUGAGAGAAGACAUGCGAAUAUCAUUUAAAUAGAACUUGAUUGUCACAAUACCUGGCUGGAGGUAGAAUUUGAUCACAGAAUUGUGUUGGUCCUUUAGUUGUGGUCUGAAUCUGUGGGAUCCUCUCCCCCGAAUACCUACUGUAGAUAAUAUGGGAGGGGCACUCCUAUUUUGAGCUAUUCCACAGGGAUACCUUAAUUUUUUGUUUCCUCUUUAUCCAUUUGAAAUUCCAUUUACUUUACCAUUUUUAGUGUCCAUUGUCUACUUAUAAUAAAGCAUGUUUAUAAUCCAA